AUGACAUCGAAGUCAAAAUCAUCUGGAUUUGAUGCGUCAAAAAAUAAUACAAUAGCUCAAUUUGAUCCUGGUACUAUUCAAAUUCGUAAUCAUUCGUCAAAACUAACAGAAUCAGAAUUAAUAUCACUAAAAUUACUUUUUUAUGCAUUACUUGAUAUACUUUCAUUGACUAUUACAAAUAAUGAUACACAUAAAUCUCGAUUAUUAUUUCAAUUAUUACUUCGUCUUCUAACAACAAGUAAAAUUCUUCCAGAAUCAAUGCAUUUCUCAGCUAUAUCAAGUCAACAAUUAGAUCAUGCACAAAAUUAUGUACGUACUUUACGUGCAACUAUUCAAGCAGCAUUAAAUAUUAUUCAAAAACCGACAACUACAGAUAGACCAAGUAUUACAAGUCUUUUAGAAAGAGACUAUACAAAAGCUUUAUUAACAACAUCACCAAAUCCAUUAACAUCACCUUCAAAUAUUACUAUUGAUAUACCUCAGCCAGAUCUUCAAUUAAAAAUACCGUUACCUAUGACAAUGAAUGGAACUGUAGUAACGAAAAAUUUUGAUAAUGUUGUCAUAUUUCGUUAUGUUCAAGAUUUUUAUGAACUUGGUAUAUUAGGAAAAGGUGCUUUUGGUUCAGUUUUUCGUGCAAGAAAUCGAUUAGAUAAUCGUAUAUAUGCAAUUAAAAAGAUUAUUUUUGAUACAAAUCAAAAUUGUCGUCAAGCAAAAUCUGCUUUACGUGAAGUUCGAGUUCUUGCAUUAUUAAGUCAUCCAAAUAUUAUUCAAUACCAUUGUGCAUGGCUUGAAUUAGUACCUUAUGAAGCACGUACACAUCGAACAACACCAACAAAAACAACAACACAAAUAAAACCAUCACCUCCUAAAAUUGAAAGAUGGGAUUCAGUUGAUGAAAUGAUAAUUUUUAAGAAAGAAUCAUCAUCUUUAUCAGAAGAUAAACAAGAAAAUGACGAAAGCAAAUCUCAAACAAAAAGUUCAUCAACAUCAGACGAUGAUGGAAGCGAGAUAUCAACUUUUGAAUUAAAUGGUGAAAGUUUAAAUUCUCAAGAAUAUCCUUCUGAUACUGAUAAUACUUCGUUUUCGAAAGAUCCUUCUCAAAACUCAGUAUCAAAUAAACAAUUGAUUCCAUUUCAUGGUCAAAACCAAUUUGUCUCUUCAUCAAUGCAAUCGAAAUAUAUUAAUUCUAAAAUAGUACUAUUUAUACAAAUGCAAUUAUGUGAUACAACAUUAUGUAGUUGGUUACGUUAUCGUAAUGAAGCAAUUAUUGAUGAAACAUCUCAUGAAAAUAAACAUAUAUCCUAUUCAUUAAAUGAUUUAGGACAACAACAAUGUUGGCAUAUUUACAAACAACUUUUAGCAGCUGUUCAAUAUAUUCAUUCACAAUCAUUUGUUCAUCGUGAUAUAAAACCACAAAAUAUAUUUAUUUCAUAUAAUUCAACUGAUCCAUCAUCUGUACAUGUUCGAUUAGGAGAUUUUGGUUUAGCAACUUUAUUUGAUUCGAAAAUAACCUAUGAUUCACCUGAAGAUUUUAUUAAUGAUGAAUCAAAAAGUAUCGGAACACCUUUAUAUAUUCCACCGGAACAACUUCAUUCAAAUAAUUGUACUGCAACAACAAAAUCUGAUUUAUAUAGUUUAGGAAUUGUUCUUUUUGAAUUAUUUAAUAUAUUUCAAACCGAAAUGGAAAGAAAAUGUUGUAUAAGUAAUUUACGUAUACAAACAAAAGUUAAUGAAGAAUUUUCCAAACUUUAUCCAUUUGAAACAGAUAUAAUUGAACAAUUAGUAUCAUUUGAAAGUGAGAAUCGGCCAAGUGCUGAACAAAUAUUAACCAUGUAUACAAAAAGAAUGAAAGAACAAAUGAAAAAAAAACAAAAUUAUUCUGAACAAAUGAUUAUUGAACAACUACGCAAAGAAUUACGUGAUAAAGAUUUAAAAAUUCAACAAUUACAAAAAGAAUUAAAUGAUAGAAAUACAAAAAUUCAACAAUUGGAACUUGAAAUAGGCAAAAAUAAAACAUAG